GCCUCUGGGGCAGCUGGAACCACUCUCCUCUGUGCGCCCUGCAGGCACUUUCCUGGACCCCUGGAGAAGCAGAGCAGGUGAAAACAGUCACAGAGCUCGCUGCCUGGACUGCUCUUGGAGAACCUGCAGGAGGAGACUUUUUUUCUUUCUUUUUCUUUUCCUGGCGAUCCACGACCUGCAGCAGGCACGCCAGGAGGGGCGGGGCGGGGCGGGGCGGGGCGGGGAGGGAACCCCGAGGAGGCGCUGCGCAGCCUGCGGAGCCGGCACCGCGUCACUCAGGCUGUGAGGGCACUGGCACCCGGGCGCAGAGGCGCAGAGGCCGGAACGGGAGCGGGAGCGGGAGCUGGAGUGCCGCGCAGCUGGGAGCGCUCGAGGCGGGCGGACUGGACUCUGGGGCUGCGCCUGCAGCCACCUGUCCGUAGCACCGUGGGCGCCUGGGGACCGGGGCAGCGCAUCCAUACUCCAGAAAGCAGACUGGCCAGGAGAGACGAACAUUUCAGCUCUCCGCACGGACUGGGAUUUUUUUUUUCUUCUUCCAGCAAGUAUUAUUAUUAUUUUUGAGGUUGUGCUGGGGGUGGGGAGGAGGGAAAGGAGGCUCAGGAGUGGAGGUAAACGGAGCAGAAGAAGAUCUCCAAAGAGGCCACAAGGUUCCCAACGUGGCCACCACCACCACCACCCAUGGCUGGAAAAUUCCCUUGACAUGUUUUACACUUUGAAGGAGCUGCAGCUGGCGUCGUCGGAAAGGGGGGGGGGGAGCAAUUAUAAAACAAACAAAAAAUAAAUAAAUAAAAAGAGGAAGGAGAAGAAGAAGGAGAGGGGGUGGCAGAGAGAGCUGGGAGACACAGCCAAGAUCCAGGAGCAGUGCUUCUUGCCCGCCUUCCAGUCCCCGCACCCGUGCGUCCGGCCACCGCACCAAGGACCUCACUUUGGGCGAACCCCGAGGUGGAAGCCGGGGGACACCUCGCCUCUGAGCCACGGGCUUCUCGUCGGUCGGACCCGCGGCCGCCCACUCAGGUCACGGAGAUCGUGAUCGCCUCGGCUUUGCUGGGGGCGCAGCGCCCUUGAGAGCCACCCCCCCCCCGCCCCCGGCUGCGCCCGGGUCCCCGGGGAUCGCGCCUGGCACAGGCUAGGCGAGGCAGGCGCGGCAGCCAGCAAGGGGGUGGCGGCUCCCGAGUCCGGGGCACGAUUCGCCUGGUCUGCUCCUCUCUUCUCUGCGGGCCGGGGAUUUCUUAUUGUCUGUGCAGCCUUCCAGGGGCGGGAAGAAGGGAGCUGCGUCUCUGCCACCACCGCUGCCGCUGCGGUUGUUGGCUAGCUCGCUCGCGGGGUGCGGAAGGGCGGGCGGAGGCUGGAGAGGAGGCGCACCCCACCUCCCGCGCCCGCACCCCGCCUCCCGCCGGCCGGCUCUCGGGAUCCCCUUGAACCGCUUCCCGCCUGAACCUCUCUGGAACCAUCCACCUGCAGGCUGCCAGCACCAUGGUCUAAGGAGGCACCUGCUUGGACUACCCCCCACCCCACUCCCGUAGUCCUCUCUUCUGCCUUCUCCUCCCGCUGCACCCCUCCUCUCCACCUCUGAGGACCCCCAUCCUCACCCCACCCCCUUCCCUGCACCUGCUCAACUGCGGACCCAAGAACUCUUAAGGAAUAACCGCUGUCAGCUCCACUGCACGACCUUCGCUCACCUGAACCUCAUGGGCAGUUUCUCCCGCUGGCGAUAAUGGAGAGCCUAAUAAGGGGAAGGAAUCCCCCACAAUAUCAGAGAAGUCCCUGUAAAGAAGUCCGCGCAGCUCUACGGAAGAGGCCUGAGGAAGAGUUGCAGUGCCUGGAGAUGACCACCAAACGGAAAAUCAUCGGCCGUCUGGUGCCGUGCCGAUGUUUCCGAGGUGAAGAAGAGAUCAUCUCAGUUUUAGAUUACUCCCACUGCAGCCUUCAGCAGGUGCCAAAGGAGGUUUUUAACUUUGAACGAACAUUAGAGGAGCUAUAUCUAGAUGCCAAUCAAAUUGAAGAGCUACCCAAGCAAUUGUUCAACUGUCAAGCUCUACGGAAACUAAGUAUUCCUGAUAACGACCUUUCAAAUCUGCCAACCACUAUUGCCAGCCUAGUUAAUCUUAAAGAGCUCGACAUCAGUAAAAAUGGUGUACAAGAAUUUCCAGAAAACAUAAAGUGCUGUAAGUGUCUAACAAUUAUUGAAGCCAGUGUCAAUCCUAUUUCCAAACUCCCUGAUGGCUUCACACAGCUUUUGAAUCUGACCCAGCUCUACCUGAAUGACGCCUUCCUUGAAUUUCUCCCAGCCAACUUUGGAAGACUUGUCAAAUUGCGGAUCUUGGAGUUAAGAGAAAAUCACUUGAAAACUCUACCAAAGUCAAUGCACAAACUGGCCCAGUUGGAAAGACUUGACCUAGGCAAUAAUGAAUUCAGUGAGCUGCCUGAAGUUCUGGAUCAAAUACAAAAUUUAAGGGAGUUGUGGAUGGAUAAUAAUGCAUUGCAGGUGUUACCUGGGUCUAUAGGAAAGUUAAAGAUGCUGGUAUACCUGGAUAUGUCAAAAAACAGGAUAGAAACGGUUGACAUGGAGAUUUCUGGAUGUGAAGGCCUUGAAGACCUCUUACUGUCAUCCAAUAUGUUACAACAGUUGCCUGAUUCUAUAGGAUUAUUGAAAAAACUAACUACCCUAAAAGUAGAUGACAAUCAACUUACAAUGCUACCCAAUACCAUCGGAAAUUUAUCUUUGCUAGAAGAAUUUGACUGUAGCUGUAAUGAGCUGGAGUCACUACCUUCAACUAUCGGCUACCUUCACAGUCUGCGAACACUAGCAGUCGAUGAGAACUUCCUUCCAGAAUUACCCAGAGAAAUUGGAAGCUGUAAGAAUGUAACAGUUAUGUCUCUACGCUCCAAUAAACUGGAAUUUCUUCCUGAAGAGAUUGGGCAGAUGCAGAAACUAAGAGUCUUAAAUCUGAGUGAUAACAGAUUGAAAAAUUUACCAUUCUCAUUUACCAAACUUAAGGAGCUUGCAGCUUUGUGGCUCUCUGACAAUCAGUCGAAAGCUCUUAUCCCUUUACAAACUGAAGCCCAUCCAGAAACAAAGCAAAGAGUAUUGACUAACUACAUGUUUCCCCAGCAACCUCGUGGUGAUGAAGAUUUCCAGUCAGACAGUGACAGUUUUAACCCGACACUGUGGGAAGAGCAGAGACAACAACGCAUGACUGUUGCCUUUGAAUUUGAAGAAAAAAAGGAAGAUGAUGAAAAUGCUGGGAAAGUGAAGGAUCACUCCUGCCAAGCCCCCUGGGAAAGGGGCCAGCGUGGGAUUACUCUCCAACCUGCUAGACUGUCGGGCGACUGCUGUACACCAUGGGCCAGGUGUGAUCAGCAGAUCCAAGAUAUGCCCGUCCCCCAGAAUGACCCACAGCUGGCAUGGGGUUGUCUAAGUGGCCUCCAGCAGGAAAGGAGCAUGUGCACUCCACUCCCAGCUGCAGCACAAUCCACCACUCUACCCUCUCUAAGUGGCAGACAGGUUGAAAUAAACCUAAAACGAUAUCCAACUCCUUACCCAGAGGAUUUAAAGAAUAUGGUAAAAUCUGUUCAAAAUCUGGUGGGUAAGCCAAGCCAUGGAGUGCGUGUUGACAAUGCAAAUCCAACAGCUGACACGGAGCAAACCAUGAAAGAAAAGUAUGAGCACAAGUGGCCUGUAGGUCCACAGGAGAUCACAGUGGAGGAUUCUUUUGUUCAUCCAGCUAAUGAAAUGAGGAUUGGGGAACUUCACCCUUCAUUAGCUGAGACCCCUCUGUACCCACCCAAACUUGUCCUGCUAGGGAAGGACAAAAAAGAGUCAACUGAUGAGUCUGAAGUUGACAAAACUCACUGUCUGAAUAACAGUGUUUCCUCAGGCACUUACUCAGACUACUCGCCUUCCCAGGCUUCCUCGGGAUCCUCUAACAACCGGGUCAAAGUGGGGUCCUUGCAGCCAACUACUAAAGAUGCAGUACAUAAUUCUUUGUGGGGUAACAGGAUUGCUCAGUCUUUCCCACAGCCUCUUGAUUCAAAGCCAUUACUCAGUCAGCGGGAGGCUGUUCCCCCUGGGAAUCUACCACAACGUCCUGACCGGCUGCCGAUGAGUGAUGCUUUCACUGACAACUGGACGGAUGGCUCCCAUUAUGAUAACACGGGAUUUGUUGCAGAGGAAGCCACAGGCGAGAACGCCAACAGUAACCCUCUCUUGAGUUCCAAAUCUAGAAGCACAUCGUCUCACAGUCGCAGGCCUUUGAUUAGGCAGGAGAGGAUUGUCGGUGUCCCUCUGGAACUUGAGCAGUCUACUCACAGACACACACCAGAAACAGAAGUGCCUCCUUCCAAUCCUUGGCAGAAUUGGACCAGAACCCCUAGUCCUUUUGAAGACAGGACUGCUUUUCCUUCCAAAUUAGAGACCACACCCACUACCAGCCCAUUGCCUGAAAGGAAAGAACAUAUGAAAGAACCUGUUGACAUACCUAGUCCUUUUUCUCCAGGAGUGCCAUGGGAGUAUCAUGAUUCCAAUCCCAACAGGAGUCUUAGUAAUGUCUUAUCUCAAAUCCACUGCCGCCCAGAAUCUUCUAAAGGUGUCAUCUCCAUUAGCAAAAGUACAGAGAGGCUUUCCCCACUAAUGAAAGAUAUCAAGUCCAAUAAGUUCAAAAAGUCACAGAGUAUCGAUGAGAUUGACAUUGGUACAUACAAAGUCUAUAAUAUACCCUUAGAAAACUAUGCUACUGGGAGUGAUCACUUAGGAAGCCAUGAACGACCAGAUAAAAUGUUGGGGCCAGAGCAUGGCAUGUCCAGCAUGUCUCGAAGUCAGUCUGUCCCCAUGCUGGAUGAUGAGAUGCUGACAUACGGAAGCAGUAAAGGACCAUUACAACAAAAAGCUUCCAUGAUGAAAAAAGUCUACCAGUUUGACCAAAGCUUCAACCCCCAAGGAGCAGUGGAAGUGAAAGCAGAAAAGAGGAUACCACCUCCUUUCCAACACAACUCUGAGUACGUACAACAGCCUGGCAAAAACAUGGCGAAAGAUCUGGUUAGUCCCAGAGCUUACAGAGGAUACCCACCCAUGGAACAAAUGUUUUCAUUUUCUCAGCCAUCUGUCAACGAAGACGCUGUGAUGAAUGCCCAGUUUGCGAGCCAAGGGGCCAGGGCGGGCUUCUUGAGGAGAGCAGACUCCCUGGCAAGCUCCACAGAAAUGGCCAUGUUUAGAAGGGUCAGUGAACCACAUGAGCUACCUCCAGGUGACAGGUACGGUCGUCCUCCCUACAGGGGAGGCCUAGAUCGCCAAAGCAGUGUGUCAGUGACUGAAUCCCAGUUCCUGAAAAGGAAUGGCAGGUAUGAAGAUGAACUCCCUUCAUAUCAAGAAGUGAAAGCUCAGGCGGGAAGUUUUCCGGUUAAAACCCUUACCCAAAGGAGGCCAUUGUCUGCAAGAAGCUACAGUACAGAGAGUUACGGUGCCUCCCAAACCAGGCCAGUUUCAGCUAGGCCGACUAUGGCAGCUCUUUUGGAAAAAAUACCGUCUGACUAUAACUUGGGUAACUAUGGUGACAAGCCAUCAGAUAACAGUGAUAUAAAGACAAGGCCUACUCCUGUGAAGGGAGAGGAGAGCUGUGGUAAAAUGCCUGCAGACUGGAGACAACAGCUGCUUAGACAUAUAGAAGCUAGAAGGUUAGACAGGAAUGCUGCUCACAAACACAGCACAGUUAACCUUGGCAUGCUGCCCUAUGGAGGUAUUUCAGCAAUGCAUGCAGGCAGAAGCAUGACUUUAAACUUGCAGACUAAGUCUAAAUUUGAUCUACAAGAACUACCUCUUCAGAAAACCCCGUCCCAGCAAAGCAACAUUUUAGACAAUGGACAAGAAGAUGUAUCUCCUAGUGGCCAAUGGAAUCCUUAUCCUCUGGGGAGGCGGGAUGUACCUCCGGACGCCAUUACUAAAAAGGCAGGCAGCCACAUCCAGACCUUGAUGGGGUCCCAAAGCCUUCAGCAUCGGAGCCGGGAGCAGCAGCCCUAUGAAGGAAACAUAAACAAAGUGACCAUUCAGCAGUUUCAGUCACCGUUGCCUAUUCAGAUCCCCUCCUCACAGGCCACUCGGGGACCUCAGCCUGGACGGUGCUUAGUUCAGACGAAAGGCCAAAGGAGUAUGGAUGGAUACCCAGAACAGUUUUGUGUGAGAAUAGAAAAGAAUCCUGGCCUUGGAUUUAGUAUCAGUGGUGGAAUUAGUGGACAAGGAAAUCCAUUUAAGCCUUCUGACAAGGGUAUCUUUGUUACUAGGGUACAGCCUGAUGGACCAGCAUCCAACCUUCUACAGCCCGGUGACAAGAUCCUUCAGGCUAAUGGACACAGUUUUGUACACAUGGAACAUGAAAAGGCUGUAUUACUACUGAAGAGUUUCCAGAAUACAGUAGACCUAGUUAUUCAACGUGAGCUUACUGUCUAAAUAUUUUUUAUAAGUAGUGAAGAUACAUCUAGCUGAACCUAAUGUUCAAAACUAAAUUUAUACUUAGAAAGAAAUUUUGCCAAUUGCUGGACCAAUGGCAAACAUUAGUGCCAAAUGUCGAAUACUGUAUGUUAGCACUGAUCAUCCUUAAAAAUGUUAACUAUAAAUAAGAUGUUCCUGUGGUUAUGUAUCAGUUUAACUGUCAGCCUUUGGCUGUGCAUUGGUGCAGUUUUGAGUUCCUUUCUUUCUUUUUUUUUUUUUUCUCUUGUUUGUUUUCUAAUCAAAUAAGUUUCUUAUUGAAGUGGAUUUCAUAUAAUUUCAGAGCACGGAAGCACACACAAGCUCUUUACGAAUUCUGCUCUCCAUCAGAAACACUGCCUCAGAGUUGUAUAUGCCUUUAUACAGAAAACAUAAAGAAUUGUAAUUCCCAUAAAAUAUUUCUAGCACAAGGUAUAUGUUGGCAUAUAUACAAAAAGAGUAUAGAGAAAAAAACAAUAUUUUCAUAAACUAAACAUCUCGGAUUGAGAAAGAAAAUAUAUCUUAAAAUAAGACUUUACUAUAUUGAAUCUUUUUUCAAUAAAAAUUACAUGAUAAUGCCUUAUGAAAGUGACUGUACAUAUGGUAUAAAGUGUUUAUAUUUGGUUCCAUAUUCAUUUCCUAAAUCUCAUAACACAGAAUGAAACACUUCAUAAAUUAGCCAUUUAUCUCUGGGACCUGAAUAAAAAUAGGACAGAUUAAUUUGUUCGAUGCCUUUGGCUGAUUACAGUACAUGCAGAGUUGAGAAACAGGUAAAAAGCUGAUUGUAGAUAAAUCUUUUUGACCACAAAUUUAAGCAGUGAAUGAUGGGGUGGCAGGAAAGGUAUUGCUUUAUUUAUUUCAAGUUUGUGUUGAUUAUAAACUGUAGUCCUUGUGACUUCUUUUCUUCUAAGUGUAGGGUUUUUUUAUGUUGCUUUCUCUGAAUUGCUACUUUUGAAUUAUUUAAAAAUGAGUUUAGGGGAAUUGGUAAAUUUUAUUAUUAAGAAAGACUUCUGUCAGAAAGAUAUGGUGGGGAAUUGAAAAAGCUUUGGUAUUUAAAUAUGAAACUUCAAAUAUAAUUUCUCAGAGCUAUUAUUAAUUUCAGUGCCUGGUUUUAGCAACAGAAAGAGAAAAUACUAGAGAGAAAACAGCAUGAUUAAUACAGAAUUGGCUGUUUAUUACACUGAAAUUUUUCUUUAUAGUAAAAAUUCAUUUUGUAAUCCCUUUUUGAGAUAAGAUCUUACUUUGAAAUUUCAAAAUAAUUUUCCAAAGUUGGCUGUAUGCACUUUAUCAUACAAGUUCUUUCUCUUCAAAGAAGUAUAUAUAUACAUAAUGAAUUUACUUUUUAUAUAUUACGGUUCAGGUAUUCUAUUAGAAUUUUCCAAUACUAUUACAUUUUGAUGUCAUCAGAGCUCUGAGAAUAAUAUUUGCAAGUUAAAUGUUUUAGAGGGGCAUUGGAAAUAUUGUAUUUUUGUAGGGUCUAUUAAAGCAAGUGUCACUUAUUAGAAGUACAGUGGUAGUUUUUGACAAUAGAAUUUGUCAUUUGAAGGCAAAUGAUAUUUCGCUUUAUAGAUGAUGUACUAAUCUUGUUGUUGCUUUACAUCAGCUAGACGUCAAUCCAGAACUUUAUAGGAUUUGACACUAAGCAGAUGAUUAAAUUAUUGGCUAUUUAACGUGUUUCCAGAAUUAACUUUUUAAGUGAAGUUUAAUAUAUUGACAGUUUCUGAUGAGAAAUAUCUUUCAGAGACUAAUUUCCUUUGCCAAAAAGUCACACCACACCAUCUUACCCAGAUUCUUCUGUAGGAUGACCAUCCCUAGCCAAGAGAAACCCUCACUGACCUUCACAAUCACCUAAAGAAACAACAGUCAAAACAGUUGUAGUUUGGUGGUGAGGAAACAUCUUACAUCAUGCCAUCAGUUUAGUUCACUUGUUCAUGGGGAGAGCAGAAGAUUUCCCCAGUCUCUCUCUCUCUCUCU